AUCAGAUUCGGGCAUUCGGCCGAUCUGGGCGUCUUUGAUGCGUUCUGAAUUUGAACCAUUUGAGGUACCUAAUACUUAUACCCUCCACUCUGGAGUUCCCAUCUCGUAUUGACCGACUACUAAGUUACUGACAAUUCAACAUUAGCUGCGCUUGCGGUCUACGGGUAAGUACCGCGGAGUUUUUUUUGACAAUGUCGACCAAUCGAUUUAUGCAUCCAAGAAAUAUAUACCGGACGCGGCCCGAUUUUAAACAGAUGGCUGAAGAAUAUCCAGAAUUCAUGAAAUAUGCGACCACUGUAAAUAUACACUCAGUGACUUUGUAAAUAUACUCAUGUUUAUGGGCCAGUAACGGGACGUUUGUUUUACAGGGCUUGAAUGGAAAAAUCACAUUUGACUUUAAAAACCCGGACGGUCUAAGACUGCUGACUACUAUAUUGUUGAAGAAGGAUUUCGAUUUAGAUGUUGAUUUGCCAGUAGGCAAACUUGUUCCAACAAUUCCAUUACGGCUAAACUAUCUACUGUGGAUUGAAGAUCUGUUUAACUUGAACUUUGACAGUUCCAAAAAGAUAAAAGGAAUCGACAUAGGUAACUAAUUAAAUUAAUACAUUUUUAGUUACACAGAAACCUAUGUUUGAUGUAAUUAUUUUUAUUUCUUACUCUUAUUUCAAUGUGUUACUUACAAAUGUUUUUAUAAACUUUCAACAUACAUUUUUAUUUUAUUUACCUAUAUUCAAUCUUGUGCAAAGUAAUAUAACUUUAUGUUUUGUGCACUUAAUUUAUUAUUUUCAAUUGAUACACAGGUAGGAACCUUAAGUUUGUUUAAAACUUUUAUACCUACCUAAUACAAUACAUUUGCUUUAUCUACCUAAGAAGUUUUAGUUUGAGUAUCUUUAAAGGAAGUUAUUUCUUCAUGUUAAUGUUCUAUGAUUGAUGUAUUUGUAUAUAUUUAUAUUGUAUUUAGUUAAAUUUAACGAUGUUAAUGUUUAUUAAAGAUGUAUUACCUAUUUAAUAAGGUGUAGUAACUAAGUUUUUUAAUUUAGACAAUUGUACACUACUCUAACGAUCAUAUUAUUUGCAUUUAAAUGGGCAUCUUGGCCAUCCAAAUAAAUAAAUUUAAUAAAAAUAAAAGGAAAAUUGAUGUAGAUUUAAUAUUGGGCACUUAUAUUUUUUAGUUCACAUCAAUUAAUAUUUGUUUUAAAUUUCAGUCCAACAAUUGGCACUUUUAAACAAUUUUGAUAUUUAUCUAUUAUCUAAAAAACUAUUUUUAAGUCGUGCGGGAUCAACAUAAUUAUUUAUUAUAAAUUAAUAAUAACGGAUACACAGUAAAAACUGUUUAUAUUGUCAUUCAAGGGACUAUUUAAAAUUAAGAAUAACAGAUAGAUCACUUAUUGUUUUAUAAGACGCCACUGCCCAAAAAUUAUUUAGUUAAACAAAAAAUAAAUUACUCUAUACAGAUUACUGUAAAUCCAUUGUAUUAAUAUCUAAAGAUUAAGUACCAAAUUUGGUAAAGAUCCGAUAAAAAGUUUUCUUUUUAAAUUGUGUAUUAUAUUUUAAUAAUCAUAUUCUAAAUUGCCAACUUUACGUUAAUAAACCAUCAAUAAUUUGUUGGGAGAAUUGUUAAUUUAUUAAAAGAAAAUACUAUUUAUAAAAUUUAAUAUCUUUUAGGUACUGGUGCAUCAUGUAUUUAUCCAUUGCUAGCAGCAAAAAAAUUUCAGUGGUCCAUGGUCGGUACUGAUAUCAACAAAGAAUCUAUUAAAAAUGCAAAUGGAAACGUAAAAAAAAAUAAUUUACAACAUUUAAUUCAAGGUAAGUAUAAUUUUAAAUUGCAAUUAAAACAUAAUACAAUUAUUUGAAAUUAAAUUUAUUUCAUUUUAAGUUUUGGAAGUAUCAGAAUGGGACAGAUUAUUACCUGUAACAGAAAAUGAACAUUAUGAUUUUUGUAUGUGCAAUCCACCCUUUCAUAAUUAUUCUGAAUUGAAUUCGUCUGAUGAAGAAACAGACUGUGCAAAAGGAGUAACUUGUGAAUUGUAUACUGAUGGAGGUGAAGUUGAUUUUGUAAAGAAAAUUAUUGGAGAAAGUCAAAGGUUAAAAAAUUCAAUAAGGUAACAAUAAAAUAUUGAAUACUAUUUUAUUAGAGCGAAAUCUAUUUAAUAUGGAAAUCAUAUAUAUCAAUAUUAUCAUCUUUUGGAAUUUUUUAUAUGGAUUAUGGGAUUGUAUAUUUAGGGUAAACAAUUGUCAUUUAUAGACAAAUAUGCCAGCUUGCAUUUUAAAUCAUUUUUGUAAUGCCGAUAUAAUUAUUAUAAAAAUUAUUAAAUUUUUUAUUUGUUAAUUAAUUUAAUCAAAUUAUUAAACUGCAUGCUAUAUGGUUCAUAAUUUAAAAUAAUGGUAUAGGUGCAAUUUAGCUUCCAAGUGAUUUUAUAAAAAAAAUUUUAAAUUUAUGUUUUUGCAUACUUAAUUUAAUGGUUGUUUCAAAGAGUCUCUUAAACUCCCCUCGGAAGUUAUUGUCGAAAAUUUCAAAAUGUUUGAUUUCCAAAAAUUAAUUUUCAUUUUGUAAAUAAUAACAAAAAUUUGCUUAGGAGCUAAACUGCAUUCGUUCCAAAAUAAUUUAUUUUUAGUACGACCAUCAAUUAAUAACAAACUAAUUAUUUUACUACUUUCAUAAUUUAUAUUUUGAAAUUACCUUUAUAAGUCUUAAAAUAUUAUUAUUCGGAUUAUGCAUGAAGUUUAUUAUGUUUAAAUGUAAUUUUCUCAAGUGCCGCCUAUAAGUAUAGGAGAAAAAUUCUAAACAUUAAUGUAAUAAAUAAAUAAAAAUGUUAAAUAUUCAAAAAACUUUUUAUCUUUAUACAUUACAAUUUAUUUAAUAAUAAUUAUAAUUAACUAUGGUCUACUACAAACAUAGAAUAACUACAAAGAGUUUAAAAUACUGUACUAUUAUAUUUUGCUUAAUUAAUAGUUGAACAAAUGUUAUGGGUUAAAAUAUUAAAUAAUAUGCUAAGAUUAAAUUUAAUUAAGUUUAAUAUUUAUUAUAUAGCAUAAUAGUAUUGUUAGUAAUAGAUAUUAACUUCAACAGCAAUAAAAUAUUAUUAAACCUGAAUGUUAUUGUUCUUAUAAAAAAACUUGAAGACUACUGAUUUUUAAUAUUUUUAUAUUAUUAACCCAUAAAUUUAUUAUCAACGAAAAAAAAUUUACUUUUCAUAAAUGUUAAUGAUUUCUGUAUUGACACAGAUUUUACUGCAUUUAUAUAUAUGUUUGUUGUAACUUCUUUAAUUGUUAAUUUUUUUCAGUGUUUAUACAACAAUGAUUGGUUAUAAAUCAUCAUUAGGUCCUCUUAAAAAUGAAUUGAAAACUAUUGGUGCAUGUGCAGUUGCGGAAGCUGGUUUCUUCCAAGGUCGAACAACACGUUGGGGAAUCGCUUGGACAUUUGAGACAGACAUAAAAUUAAAAGAUUUUAUGCCUAAUAAAGAAAUAGAAACUCAAAAGUUGAAAUUAAAACCUCCUGUAUGUUUUGCUAUUUCAGAGUCGUACGACUCUACAACUGCCCUGGCCAAAUUAACAGAACUAUUAACUUAUCUUAAGGUAAUUUCAAAAUAUUUUAUUAAUGAAAAUAGUUUUAAAUUAUUUUAUUUUGUUUAAACUUAGUUGUCUAUCUCAAUGUUAAAAUCAAAAACUGAUGAAAAUGUUUUAUACCAAGCUGAUGUUAAAGCCUAUGAAAACACAUGGACUCAUCAAAGACGGAAAAGACGUAAAGAACAAAGAAUAGCUGAUAACAAGCGUCAAAAGAUGAGUGAUAAUUUACAUAAUGAUGAACCAGAUAUGGAGGAGCAAUUGAUCACUGCAAAUGCCGAACCAUUAUUUGCUGCUACAAUAGUAUUAAGAAAAACAAAUAAUACUAUUUGGAUCGAUAUGUUACAUCUAGAUGGCAAUAGAAAUAAUUCAUACCAAGUUUUUCAGUUCUUCAAGAACAGAUUUGUAUAAUGUAAGAUUUAAAUAAAAUACACAUAUAUAUGUAAUACGUAAAUAGAUUUAAUGUGAAUAAUAUAAUAGUUUGGUGUAUAAUAUAAAAAUUAUAUGAUACAAUACAAUUUAAAUUGGUAUAGUAUUUUUUAAAAGAAAAAUAUGUUACAUAAAUAAACUAAAACAUUAAUUUGACUUAACAGCUAUAAGAAUAAAUACAAACAGUCCACGCAUAUUGUAUUUAACCAAUUGCGAUUAAAUUACUAUAAAAAAACAAAAUAUGAACACUUGUCUUUUCAUACACAUUUUACGAGAUCAUAUUAUGUAGAGUUUAUACAUUUGAAAUACAUUUUUAGACUGCUACUAUUUUGCUAGGAUCUACUUUGAUGCGUAAAAACACUGUAUCAUCUUUAAUAAACUGUCUUUUUUUCAGUAGCGUUUCAUGCGAUACAAACUUUGGGAAACCGAAUCCAAGACUAUCUGGCUGAGUGCUUGGUCGUUGGAAAUUCUCCCAAGAAGGAUCAGGCACAAAGCUCUCAACUAUGUUGCAUGGCUAAGGACCGACAAACAAAGGUAGUUAAAAUAUUUAUCUUAUAAUUUAUUGCAUAUGUGUUAAAAAAAUAACCAUUAGAAUAAUAUAUUUGCACAUUACAAUGCAAAUUUAAAUUGCCUAUUUGUUUUGUUAUCUUUUUUUUUAUUUUACUGUGUUAUUGUUUUUAAUUUUGACUGAAAGUUAUAUUUAUAUUAAUUAUUUAUAAGAUUUUGUCAACAUUUAUUUGGAGUGUAUUUUAAUUGACAUUAAUUUGUCAUGUUCUUAUCUAAAAUAUAUUUAAACUAUGAUAUACAUUUUAGAUAAUUCUGUUGCAUUUGUUUUCAAAUUAGUAAAUAAAAUAUUAAAAUGUAAUGUGCAAAUAUAUACUAACUAUUAGCUUAGGUUAAUAAAUUUGUACAAUAUUACUAAAUUACACACCUUUUCACUUUGGUCAAACAAUGUGAAUGCCACAGAGUGUGAAAAUGGCCACUUGAGUAAAGCAUCAAAUUCACCCGGUAGUAUUUUUAUAUAAACAGAUACAUGUGUAUUUUCACCAGACCCAUUGCCGUUCAAAAACACCGAUGCUUGCAACUUGUACCCAAACUGGCUGGUAUAGAACGGCGAACUGAUGAGUUCUAAGCCAUCACCACAUAAUUUGUGCCGACCCUCUUCAAGUUUUUCCAAUACGUCCCCAAUUUUCCAAAUCAAAGUACCUUUAAUUGGUUCAAUUUGUUUAUAAAAAAAAAAUUGGAACUUUAUUUUUAUAUACAGUUUAAAAAAUUGUUAUGUAAUUUACCUGACUGAUUAACAGCUAAGUUAUUAAUCACUUUUUUCAUAGAUACAAUUUGCUGUUGCUGUUUGGUGACCACUGAACACAUUAAUGUUAAAUGCUGUUGGCUUGCGUCUUCCAUGUGUGUAUCCAUUUGCUUUCCUCUUAAACCCUGCACAUAAAAAUAUGAAAUUAAUUGAGAUAUUUUUUAAAAAUUUAAAAAUGUACCUUGAAUCGACAACCAACAUCUUUAAAGCUACAAGAUGUUAACAUCGAAUGACAUGUAUUUUUUAUGUGGUGUUCUAAGUCCUCACGUGCAACAGUGACAAUUUCACAUCUAUUGGGACAAGUUAGAGGGAAACGUGGGCAUGAUGAUGAAUGCGAGUUAAUAGUAUCAGCUACAAAUUGCCUACCACAGUGACGACAGGGUACCAAUCUUUUUGAACAUUCGGUGACCUAAUUAACAGAUUUGUUUGUAAUUAAAUUUGUCCUCAAUAUUAUAAUAAUUAUAAAAUAGUGUACCUUGUGCUUAGCUAACAUCCGUCUUGGGAUUUUUACACCACAUUUUGCUUCACAAUGGAUUGGUUCAACUGGGCAUGUUCUACUAUGCUCUUCACUAGCGGCCUCCCCUUUCAUUUCACCAUUGCAAUAUUCACAUUUGAUGAUACGUUCAAUACAAGUAUAUUUCACAUGAUCAUCCAUUAGAAUCCUGGCGAUUUGAGCUCCACAAUGAUUGGUGCAAGGUAAAGCAUCAUAUUUACAUGUUUGCAAGUGUCCCUGUUG